GUCUUUCCAAGGCUUAGUUGAAGAACAGCGAGAAAUUAUGGCUGCGAAUCGCAAAGCCGUUUCUCGCGUAGAAUCUGACAUCGAAAAGUAUAGGAAUGAAUGCAACUGGGAACGCAUUAGGGAAAUUGUUAACCAAAAUAAAGUUAAAAGCCCUCAAUUAGAGGUUUUGCUUCAUCUUGCCGCUGGGGAAUGUGAGCUGGAGUUGUACUUGAUUCAGAAUCCACCCAAUCAUGAGACAGCAGCAAAAGCUAAGAAGGAGCUCUCAUCAGCCAGGUCCCAUCUCCUCCUUGCUGCUAAAGGCGCAAAGCAUAUACUGUAUGCAGAGUCGCACCUUCUCCUUUCCAAAGUCCACUUAGCCAUGGGUGAAUAUGAAGAAGCCAUCAAGAAUUUAGAUAAAGCUAAACUUGAUGACAUGACCAGCCAGGAGGUUCCUUGCACAAGGUUGAAGAUCAUGGCAGAGGCAUUCGCAGUUAGGGGGAUGUGCAUGGAGAAACUAGCAGCUAAACAAGGGGAUGGGAAGAAGAAAGAAGAACAUGGAGAGGAGAUCAUUGCCAAUUACGAAAGAGCAGGCGACCUGGCUCUCUACUAUCUACAGGAAAUUGAGAAAGGUCAGCAAGCAAACACAACAUCUUCAAGCUCCAGCAGUUUAGGGUCAGGGAGUCAUAUAGUAGGACCAGUCCUAGAAACAGCUGUACAGAGAGCACCACUUAUCUACAUACAGCAAGGAAAACUGGAUCAGGGUAUCAAUCGUUUCCGACACAUUUUGAAAGCUGUUGAGACUCGAACCUCGCAGAACAUUCGCACCACGCUUGCAAGGGAGCUGGCAGAAGUCCUCCUGCGAGGCGUAUGUGACCAUCGCUACACACCGCCCUCUGUUGAUGGCCGAGAGGAGAGGACUGGCAGUUUGAGUAGGUCGUCUGUGAGUGGCGGUUCUGCUUCAUCCCUGAGACCUGCUAGUUCUAGAGGAUCACUCAAACCGAAGCUAUACUCAAUGGAAAGUCGUCCAAGCCAUUGUUCUAAUGAUUACCUAUUUGUACCCAAAAAUGUUGGAGAAGAAGCUCUUCUGCUGCUGUUAAUCAGUGAAUUACAAACGAACCUGUGUUUGGUAAAUCGUGAUGUUGUUUUGAGUCGUUCUAAGGAGUAUAGUCAAAGCAGACAGCACACAUUCUUCAAUGCCACAGCUGUGUAUGAUCUACUUACCAUUGCGCUAACAAGGAGGGCGCAGUAUCAAAUGCUGUCCGAGACCCUUGACAGGACUAUGAGGUUUUCAUUUGAAGAAUUCCACCUUUGGAUGCAGUUUGCUUUAUCUCUAAUCAGUAGUGAAAAGUUUGACAGGGCCCUACAGGUUUUGCGAGGUUGCAGCAACAUGCAGCCAGACAAUGUAACUGUGUUGCUGCUUGCUGCUAAAGUGUGUCUACAACAUCUCAAACAGUUGGAAGAAGGAUUGGAGUUUGCUAGCAAGGCAGUUGAAGUAGGCAAUCAACCAUUAUCCCCGAGGUGUUACAUGAUGAAAGGACUGGCUUAUGGCAUGAUGGCACUAGAAGCUACUAUACAAGACAAAAGAUGUGAGCUACAGCGUAAAUCAUUGAGUUGUUUCAAACAAGCCACCUCAUUGGAUCCUGAUGAUCACAUGGCACAGUUUCAGAUGGCUAUGCAGUUAGCUUUAUCAAGACAGAUCCCGGAAGCAUUGCAGAGAGUUCGCCUAGCUCUUCAGUUAUGUGCUGAUGAUCUCCAGUCUCUUCAUCUCCUAGCUCUUCUCCUGUCUUCUCAGAAACAAUACACAGAGGCUCUCUCAGUUCUUGAGGCAGCAGUGCAUCAGUACCCAGAUGAUUUCAAUCUUCAAUUCACCAAAGCCAAGUUGGAGGAGAUACAUCUGGGACCGGAGGAAGCAUUGGUUACAUGUAAACAGAUGUUAGAACAUUGGAAGGUUGGCUAUGAAGCAGUUCAACACAGCAGUUCAAGCCGAGGGACCGGCCUCAUUGAACGAGUCACAUCAGACAGAAGGAGCCUGGUUCAGAUGCAUCUAGCAGAGUACAGUGAUAGAGACUCAGAUGCUAGAAGUGAAAGAGGCAAAAGUUCCAUUCACAACUCCCUUGCUGCUUCGAGGGUAGAGCAUGCUCUGUCCGAGGUAGCUUCCUCUACCGGUAGUUUCAUCCCCAAGACGGGAUCUCAACAACUCUGGAUGAUCCAGGCUCAUAUCUGGCUUGCCAUUGCUGAGCUCUACCUAAGUCUUGGGAGACCUGAAGAAGCCAGAGCUUGUGUGCAGGAAGCAUCAUCAAUCUUUCCUCUCUCACAUCAAGUUAUGCACACAAGAGGGUGCAUUCAUGAGCACAAUAGAGAGUGGUCAGAUGCCAAGCAGUGUUAUGACAGUGCCCUGGCUAUCAAUCCUUCACAUAUCACCAGUCUUCAGAACCUCGGCUGUGUUUACACACAGCAAGGAAACAUGCUCAUGGCAGAGAGAAUACUGAGAGAAGCAGUCAACAUGGAUCCCACUUCCCAUCAGGCUUGGAUCUCGCUUGGUAAUGUUCUUCAGGCUUCAGGUCAGUGUGGAGCAGCAGGAGAAUGUAUGCUGACUGGUCUCCAGCUGGAGUCCACAAGUCCCAUCCUACCUUUCUCAACCAUUCCAAGAACUCUCUAGAACAUCUGUCAGUACUGUUCUACACUGUCACUAAAAUGACACUUCUUUUAAUAUGAAAGAGCGAAGUGCGUGUUGUUUACACUUUCGUCAUUCCGAUAGCAUGAUGUAUUGCCACACUCGCACUUUGGUGAUAUAUCACUUGUUUCCAUUUGUCAUUGAAAGGGCGACAUAGUAUGCUUCAACAGACCAUGCACUGAGAUGAUCAUUGAAGGUUUGUGUUUUUAUAAUGGAGACAAGGUCUCAGUUCACUGUAUGGAUAGUCCUGAAAAAGUGAAAAUGGAAUGUUUGAAUGGUAGAAUGGAGAGAAAUUAAAGGACAAAUGAAAGAGAUGGUGUAGAAUUGAAAGGCAGGAACGUAAUAGAUGAAAACCAAGAGAAUAUUCUUCUAUGAAAUUGGAUGAAGUCCUUAAGAGGAAUGUAAACCAGUUGAGAUACAGCAGCUUGAAGUACAUGACAAAAAUCAUCAUUUUAAAACUUCUAGAAAUAUGCGAAAUGCCAUUUGUUCCAAAAUUGGUGCACAGACCAGUUGUGUAUUGUGCAGUUGGCUGUAGAUUGAAUAAAACUUUAUAGUUCUUGUAAAAUCUCCAUGGCAGGUAUACUGAAAAUUAUUUCCACUUUUGUCCUAUCUUCAUUCUUGGAAAGGUCAAAACAUAUUUUAGAGGUGAUAUUAACUUGGUUGAAGUACGCAAGAUUUCAUCCAUGGAUCAGCAGGUCAGUCAAAAUAUGCAAUGAAAAAGACUUCCCUCAUUUUGGAUUACUGACAAAAUCAAAUUUAAAAAACCCUGAACAAAUGGAACAGGAGGAUACGUUACACUGGGUUGAGAGUCUUUAUAUUUCUUCUGUUUGAUUUCCAGAGCAGAUGGUCUAUUCUAAGAGAAUAUGACAUGAUUGUGCAAUAUCUGUUGGAUAUAUAUAUAUGUAUUUAUAUUGAGCGCACAGUUGUUUGUGAUGUUUUUGUUUUCUGAUGUUGGUAAAAUGCAUUUAAUUUUGCUGUGUUUUGAAUGCUAGCUAAAAUUGUUCUAUUUUACAAAAAGAAAAGAUCACGAUCUGAAAGUACAGGUAGAAUUUGAUUAAAAUUUAUUGGUAGAUCAUAUCACAAUUAUAUAUAUUUUCUAUAGUUACACAAAUACAAACUUAGUUCCUCUUAGUUGAUGCCCAAGCAUACCCAAAAGUUCCUUCAGUGCAAUUUCAUUGUAUAUUUCCUGCAGAAAAUACAUGUUUAUUCUAUGGAAAGGCUUACAUUAACGUUUGCUCAUUUAAAAAGGCAUUUGUGUUUACUUACAUCCAUAUUUGUAAUUUUCUGGAAAUAUUUAUAUUAAAUGUAUUUCUGUAAUAUAAAUAGAGAACCUUUUCAAGAUUUGCAUUUUAUAUAAUUUACACAUAUAAAUUGAUCAAAAUGUUUUGAAUAGAGAAUAUGAAUAGCAUUACUAGAGCACCUAUUUCCUAAAUUAUGAUGAAUGAAUAUAGAACAGGAUAUCAUACUGAAAAUUUACACAAUAUAAU